UACGAAUUAAAGUCAUAAAAUAUAUUUAUAAAAUCAGCCGGUCGGUUGGUGUUUGCGAAUUCUGAUUACUCAAUUUGUACAAUGGCGUCUAAAGUACUUAAAAUUAAAUUAGCAAAUGGAUUCGAGUGCCCGAUACUGGGUUUAGGAACUUGGAAGUCAAAACCCGGUGAAGUGACUCAGGCCGUCAAGGAUGCGAUCGACGUCGGCUACAGGCACAUCGACUGCGCCUUCGUCUACGGAAACGAGAAGGAAGUCGGUGAGGCCAUCACUGAGAAAAUCGCCGAGGGGGUUAUUAAAAGGGAGGAUCUCUUCAUUACCUCCAAGCUGUGGAAUACAUUCCACCGGCCGGACCUGGUGCGCGGUGCUCUGCUGCAGACUCUGAAGAACCUCAACCUGAAAUACUUAGAUCUUUAUCUUAUUCACUGGCCGCAAGCGUACAAGGAAGACGGUGAACUCUUCCCCGCCGACGAGGCAGGCAAGAUCCAGUUCUCCGAUGUUGACUACGUCGACACAUGGAAGGCUUUGGAACCUCUCGCGAAGGAGGGUCUCGUCAAGAGUUUGGGAAUCUCAAACUUUAACUCGAAGCAGAUCGAGAGGUUGCUGGAACACGCAACCAUUAAACCCGUUAUGAACCAGGUGGAGUGUCACCCAUACCUCAGUCAGAGGCGUCUCCAGGAGUUCUGCGAAGCUCGCGGAAUUAAGUUGACUGCAUACUCCCCGCUGGGCUCCCCCGACAGACCCUGGGCCAAACCGGACGACCCGCAGCUGAUGGACGAUCCCAAACUGAAGGAGAUUGCCAACAGGAUCGGAAAGACCGUCGCACAGGUGCUCAUCAGAUACCAAAUCGAACGUGGGAACAUCGUGAUACCGAAGUCGGUGAACAAGUCUCGCAUCGCGUCGAACUUCGACGUGUUCGACUUCAAACUGUCCCCCGAAGACGUCCAGCUCAUCAACACGUUCGACUGCAACGGUCGGUUCGUGCCGAUGACUGCAUCUCUGGGCCACAAGUACCAUCCGUUUGAAAAUGAUGAGUUCUAAGAUGAAAUUGUAUGUUAAUACUGUAUGGGAAUAUAUUAUGAUUGCAAUUAAAGUGCUAUAAGAUAUAAACUGUUGAUAUAUAAUAAAUGCUAUUGAUAUUUUCGUUA